CAGAGGCAGGCGAGGCGAGCUCUUCGGCUGCUUGCUUUUGUUGCCUUCCUCCCGCUCCAAUUUAAUGCCACCACACCAGCCAGGAGUUGGGGCCGCGCAUCAAUGGCGUCACCUCUCGCAUCCAGAUCUCACACCUCGUCGUAGCUACUACCUUCGUCUCACUCCUCCUCGUCCCCUUGCUGUCGUUCGUUCGUUCCUUCUACCUCCAUCUCCACUUCUCCACCUUGGGGUUCUUGGCGCACCAUCCGAGAAAUGCUGUUCUCCUUUUUCGGUUUUCCAUUCUACAAGUGCCAGCCUUGCCUUGUCUCGGAGUGUUGACAUCUCUACGUGCUCUGGCCCGCCAUUAAUUCCCUCCUCCCUCACACUGCUGCUGCUGCUGACCGAGGGCGCCUAGCCAGUCACGCACGAAAUCCCAGCGUUCCAAUUCAAACACACCCUUCCUUCUUGGCUACUCCUCUCGACGACGCGACCGGAGCGGAGGGAGUCAUGGUGGCGGAGCCGCUGGUGCACAAGGUGCUCUCCAUGGCGACGUCGUCGUCCUCCUCCUCCAAGAAGGCGCGGCCGGCGGCGGCGAGCGCCAACAAGGGCGGCGCGGCUGCGGCGGGCGACGGCAGGCUGGGCAUCCUGUCCCUGGAGGUGGCCAACGCCAUGUCGCGCGCGGCGAACCUGUACCGCUCGCUCUCCGACGCCGAGGCGGCGCGCCUGCUCGGGCCGCUCUGCCUCGGCUCCCGCGCCGUGCGCGCGCUGGUCCCGGGCGACGACGCGCGCCUCCUGGCGCUCGCGCUGGCCGAGAAGCUCGACGCGCUGAACCGCGUCGCGGCCGUGGCCUCGCGCCUCGGCCGCCGUUGCACGGCGCCGCCGCUCGUGGGCUUCGACCACGUCUACGCUGACCUCCUCGCCGGCCGCUCCGGCGCCACCGGCGCGCUCUUCGCCGUGGCCUCCGCGUCCGACGCCGCGUCGCUCGUGCGCAGGCUCGACCGCCUCGCGGCCGCCACCGCGGCUCUCUACGCCGCGCUCGAGGCGCUCACCGAGCUGGAGCAGUCGGCGCGGAAGCUGCCCACCGACGAGGCCCGCCGCGCGCUGGAGCAGCGGGCGCGGUGGCGCCGCCACGACGUGCGCCGCCUCAGGGACGCCUCGCUCUGGAACUGGACCUACGACAAGGCCGUGCUCCUGCUCGCGCGCGCCGCCUGCGCCAUCUACGCCCGCAUCCGCCUCGUGUUCGGCGACCCCAUGCUGGGGCUCGACCUGCUGCUGGCCACGCCGUCCAGCGAGUCGUCGAGGCAAUGCGACCAGAGCCGGCGGCUCUCCGGUCCAAUAACAGCAAACUCAGGCCCCGUCCGAAGCGAUCUCAGUGAUUGCGGCAACUCAGGGCCGGUUUCCAGAGUCGAUCCGGACAUGUCGCGGCCAGUGAAUCUUCGGUCAGGCUGUGGAGCGAGCCCGGGGAAGAUGCUCAUGGAGUGCUUGAGCCUGAGCAGCUCGGCGUCAUGGAACGAUGGGUUCGAGGACGAGUUCCUGGAAGAUUCCAGCCGCAUCAGCACGAUCAGAUCAGGGAUGCUGGUGCCAUUCAGCAGCGAGCAGGGGCUGUCGACAACGACGACGAUGACGACAACGCCACCAUCCAAGAGUGGCAGGAUUACCAGAAAGGCGGCGCGGUUCGGGCCCAAGAGCACGGUGACAUCACUGGCGCCGCCGUCCACAGUCGGCGGCUCCGCUCUCGCGCUGCACUACGCGAACGUCGUCAUCAUCAUCGAGAAGCUGCUCCGGUACCCGCACCUCGUCGGCGAGGAGGCGCGGGACGACCUGUACCAGAUGCUGCCGUCGAGCCUGAAGGCGGCGCUGCGGAGGAGCCUGAAGACGCACGCGAAGAGCGUGGCGAUCUACGACGCGUUCCUGGCGCACGACUGGCGGGAGGCGCUGGAGAAGACGCUGGCGUGGCUGGCUCCGAUGGCGCACGACACGGUCCGAUGGCAGGCCGAGAGGAACUUCGAGCAGCAGCAGAUCGUGAUGAAGGGGAACGUGCUGCUGCUGCAGACCCUGUAUUUCGCUGACCGGGAGACGACGGAGGCGGUGCUCUGCGAGCUGCUCGUUGGCCUGAAUUACAUCUGCCGGUACGAGCAGCAGCAGAACGCCCUGCUCGACUGCUCCAGCAGCCUCGACUUGGAUGACUGUGUGGAGUGGCAAGUUCAGUAGGGAAGACGAUCGUUUUAAAAUUCUUGGCGGUACAUAUCGAUCUUGUUGAAUCCUUGUGUGAAGCAACAUGAAAACAGGUUUUGUUACUUAGUAAACUCGCAUCAAACGUGUAUGAUUGAAGAUGUUUUUUUUCAGCGACUAGAAGAGAAAAAAAAAAGAAUUAUGUGAUAUGGAAA